AUGCCUCCCGCCCCGUCCCCAGACGCCGCCGCCGCCGCCGCACUCGCACACGCGCCCCCGCACAUACACACUCGCGCCCCCGUCCUCGCUGCCCGCCUCCCCCUCCCCCGCCGCACCCGCGUCCACUACGCCCUCUUCGCCGCCGCACCCGACCUCCUCGAGCUCGCGCGCAGACACGUCCUCCCCCGCACUCCCACCCCUCCCCUCGCCUCCGUCCUCGUCUCCGUACACGUCGGCCCCGACACCCCCCGCCUCUACGCAUUUCUCAUCGCCUCGGACGAUGACCCCGCCCGCGCACGUGCACCCCUCGAUGCCCUUGCCCGCGCCCCGCCCUUCCUCGCCCUCGCCCUCACAGAGGCCGCGUCCUUCACCCCGGAUGAUCUCUACCCAUGCUCCCCCGCCUGCGCGGCCCAGCGCACCCCGUGCCCCAACUGCCUUGAUCCCGCCGCACCGCGCCCUCCACACCCACCACCGCCGCCGCCCUCGGCAGCGCCCUCCGCCCCGCUCCUCCCGCGCGAGCCCCUCCGCGCCGUCUACGCACACUUUCUCGACGCCGUCCGCGACCGCCUCAUCGACGACAUGUGCGUCCACGUCCCCGCCGCGCCCCACACCCACGACCACGACCCACGCAGGCUCUCCAGGCUCCAGAACGGCGUCCUCAUCAUCCCAGACGGCGGCCCCCGCGACUGGGGCCUCGGCUGGGAGCACCACGUCCAGAACCGGCCCCUCAUCCACUGCGCCCUUCACCUCCACCUCUCCCCCGCCCGUAUCCUCGUCCAGCCCGUCUUCCGCCCCACCCACUUCCUCCCGCUCCCCGCCGCCCUCCCGCUCCCGCCAGGCACCCCCAUCACCCUCCUCCCGUACGCCACCCCCGCCUACUACCUCUCCACCUACGCGGGGCCCACCGCUGCCCUCACCUCCCAGUUCUCCCAGAGCCUCGCAGGCAAGGGGUGUGGCCCCUGGGCCGGAACCUCGCCGCCGCCUCCAUCACCCCCAUCACCCCAUCCUUCGCGCGUAGAUCCGCAUCCACAUCCUGCCCCAUCGUUCUCCUCCGCCUCCGCACCACCCACCUACAUCAUCGCCUGGCUCGCCGUCCAGAACGGGCGCGGCGAGGACAAGGGCCUCCCGCUUAUCUGGCCCGCCGCCCUCGCCCUCGCCUCCAUCCCCAGCACCAUCACCGGCGCCGCCCACCGCCCACCACUCCACCCGCUCCCAGAGCUCCCCGCCCAGCUGCAGCCGUCCCCACCACCGCCCCCGCCCCCGCCCCCGCUCGUCUCUUUCGGCGCGGGGUCCGCGCGCUCGACGCCCCAGCCUUCGCAAUCCGCCGCCAUAGGCGCACCACUACCAACGUCAUCACUACCACUACCAGUACUACCACAGCAGCAGCAGCAGCAGCAGCAACAGCAACAGCAACAUACCGCGCCGUCGUCGACGCAGCCCCUGCUCCCGCCCGCGAUCGCCCGCCGCACGCGCGCGUCGCCGACCGCGGACGCCCUGCGCGUGUUCCGCACCCUCAGCAUCGGCGGCGGCCGCAGCGUGCGCGCCGUCGCGGACGAGGUCGCCGCGUACGUCGACGCCGUCCAGCGCGAGCGCGAGAGGGAGCGCGAACGCCUGCGCAGGGAGCGUGAGACCGUGAACGGCGGCGGCGGCGCGCGCGCCCCGUCGCCCGCACAGGCGGGCACGCCCACGGCGCCCCCGCCCCCGCUCGCGCCGACGCCCGUGCCCGCGGCAUCAACACAGCCGUUUUACCCCUCGCCGCCGCAGUCCGGCAACGUCACCGCGACGGGCGCGCCGUCCCUGCUCGCCGGCACCACCCCCACCCCCACCCCUGUGCCCGCGCCGCCUGCCCCGGCACCAGCCCUAGCCCCACCCCCCGCGUCCGCGUCCGCUCCUCCGCCCGCGCCCGAGCCCGCGCCCGAACUUGACCCCGAGCCGGCGACGUUCGACCCGGGCGUGUUCGGCGAGCUGGACGCGUGGACGCCCGCGGACGCCGUGUGGGCGCAGGGCGCGGGCGACUUUAUGGACAUCGGGCUCGACGGCGUCGGGGGCAUGCCGUACGGCGUGCGCGGCGACGUCGGGGGCGCGUUCGGCGUCGGCGUCGGUGUCGGUGUGGACACGAUGGGCGGCUUGGAUCCCGUCGCGGGCGGCGCGGGCGGCGGGUGGGACGGCGGGAUGGACAUCGACGCCGGCAUGGACGACAUCUUCACCGAGGCCGACUUUGACUUUUGGGACGCAAAGCCGCAGGCCGGCGCCCCCGCCGUCGCGUCGCGCCCGAUGGACGUGGGGCCGCCGCCGUCCGCGGGCCCCGUGUCGCUCGGGCUCUCGCCGCCGCCGCUCUUCGGCGAGUCCGGGCCGGGCCCGCCGGGCGCGGCGUCCCCGACAUGGGCGGCGAGCGGCGUGUUCGGAGACGGGUUCGCGCCCCGCGAGCCUCGCACCGAGUCGUCGGUGCCGCCGGAGCUCCUGCCGCCGUCGCCGACGCGCACGCCCGAGUCGCACGCGGGGCCCGCGACGCCCGCGGUGCACGUCGCGCUGGCGCCGGAGAUGCAGACGGGGUCGGGGCCGAGCGCGUGGGACCCGAUCCCGUUCGCGCGCGCGCACCGGAUCGCGGACGGGAAGUAUACCGCGGGCAAGUUUGCGCUGCCGAGCCCGCCGGACGAGGAGGACCGGACGCGCCCGCUGCCUGUGCCGCUGCAGCCGCCCUUUGCCGCUUCCACUGCUACUGCUACUGCCGCCGCCGGGGAGCCCGGCUGGCGCAAGCGAUACUACAACGCGGUGACGGACCCGAGCGUCGGGAUGGUGCGGAAGCUGAUCGGGGUGAAGCGCAAGAGCUUCGACCAGGGCGCGCGCGCGCCCGCGUUUCGGAUGUCGGCCGCGUGGGUGCGCGGGGACGACGAGUGGGAGAGCAACGUCGUGCAGGACCGGGCGGCGGACGUGGCGCUGUGGGGCCGGUCGGACGACGAGGACGGGGAUUCCGACGAGCAGGAGGAGGAAGAAGACGAAGACGGCGACGACGACGAGCGGGAGCGGGAGGAGGGGCCGUGGGCGCGCGAGGACGAGCCGAUGCUACCUGGGACGCGCCCGGCGACACCGCCGCCGGCGUACCUGCCGCUGGGCCCGACGCUGCUGCACACGCAGUUCCAGCACGCGCUGCUGCUCCCGCUGAGCGCGCCGCUGCGGGCACCGGGAUCCGCCGCGGCCUCCCCGCCGAGCCUCGCGGCCGCGUCGGCGCCGACAUCGGUCCCGACGCCCGUGUCGCCCGCGGCGCUCGCGGGGCAGACGUCGGACCGGCUCAAGUCGCUCGAGGCGGCGGCGCAGGUGCUCGUGCGCGAGGUCGUGGAGAGCAGCGUGUGGGGCGACGCGUGGCGCGCGAACGCGGAGGAGUACCUCGCCGGGUGCCGUCUCGUCACGGAGGUGUGGCAGGCGGACGUGCGGCGGAUCGCGCGCGCGCUCGGCGGCGUCGCGGGCGUCGAGGGCCCGCUCGACCUGUGCAGCGUGUUCGCGCCCGCGCCCGCGCCCACACCCGCGGGCGGCGAAGGGGCGCCGCCGCCGCCGCCGCCGCCGCCGCCGCGGCUGCAGGUGUGCGAGCCGCCGAUGCUCGCGGUGGGCAAGGCGGACGCGAUCAUCCAGGUGCUGCCGACGGCGCUCAAGUUCUGGGAGAAACUGGGGCUGGGCCCGCGCGCGGGGAAGAAGGACGUGGUCGCGUUUGUGUUUUUCGAGGACGACCGGCCGGAGAGGCAGGACUGGGCCGAGCAGUGGCUGGCGUGCAUCUCGACGUCGUAUGUGGCGAAGAACUUGGGCUCGCACACGGCGGGACGCAACGCCGGGUGCGUCAGAGACGGGAUCGUGCCGGUCAAGUUUGACGCGUUCCGCAGGACCCUCACGACGUUCGUGGCCAGCCUGCCCGCGUCCACGGCGAACUACGUGUUCUACAUCGCCGUGCCCGCGUCGAUCCUCUCGCUGUCCUCCCCCGUCCUCCGCCAGAUCUUCUCCGCCGUCAAGCGCGCGCAGAAACGGUACUCCGAGGCGCAGAUCCUCUUCCAGUUCCUGCCCGCGCACCUGGUGCACUGCGUGCGCUACCCCGCCGCGUCGCAGUGCGGCUUCCUGGUGCCGUUCGCCAUGUGCGUCUACGAGCGCAUCCUGCGGCCCGUCGACCGCGUGAUGUCCCGCCGCUUCUUCGACCACGGCGAGCGCGUGCGCAACUUCUUCCAGGAGCCCGCGGUCCUGCUCGCGCGCCCCGCGCACGGCACGGCGCACCUCAUCCGCGAGUUCUCCCCGCGCGCGCUCGACGUGCUCGAGCGACACAUGCUCCUCCACGUCGGCUACCGCGUCUCUGCGUGCGGGCGGUGGAUCUUCGCCGCGUGCCUCGACCAGCGCGGCGAGGCGCACGACCUCGGCGCGUGGCUGUCCCAGAGCGAGCCGUCGCCCGAGGCCCACCUCGUGCAGCAGCUGUGGCGCUUCGCGCUCAACUUUGCGAAGAAGGCGAGCGUCGAGUGGCGGAUCGUGUUUGCGAAGCUCGGCUCGAUGGACCCCGCGGAGCUGGACGCGUGGAUGGAGCACCUCGCGAGCGCCGUGCCCGACUGCGCGGAGCUCCCGAUGGUCCACGUCAGCCUCCUCGCCGUCGAGUCCGACGCGUCUUGGACGUUCAUUGCUCCCGCGGGCGCGGCGAAGCGCCCGAUGUCGCCGAGCCGCUCGUCCAAGAGCACCGCCGGCACCUUCUUCCACGACGUCUCCGCCACGACGUACUUCCUCUCGCACGCGUCCGGCGCCUGCCUCCUGCCUCCCGGCCACGCCGCAUGCGACCUCGGCGCGGGCGUGCCCUACAUCCCCGACCCCGCCGACGCGCCCCCGCGGUCCCCCGCGCCGCUCCCCAUGCGGCCGCUGCGCUCCACGACGCUCGUCCGCGCGCCCGCACACACCGACUACACGUCCAUCUCGAUGCUGCACCUGCACCUGCUGCACACGGCCAAGUCCGCGCGCUCGUCGCUCGCCAUCCCGGACGCGGAGACGCACGACGACAUCACGCGCAACUACCACGACCUCGCCGUCCUGGCACAGGCGCGGUGGUGGCUCAAGGCGGACCCGAUCCUGCCGUUCCAUCUCGGGGCGCUGCAGGUCAUGGCCAUGGCGCUCAGCAGGUGCGACCUGCCGAUGCUCGCCUGA